AUGCACGGCGUGCAAGGGUUGUUUACGUUGCGGAUCACGGCGAUUCGUGGCGAGGUGGAUGCGGCCAUGGCGGCCGUCAAGUCCCGGCUGAGUCAGGCGGCCGGGGGGGGUUCCGGUUCCCGAGGCGCUGCGGAGCGGGACCCCGCGCUGGCGGUCCGGGCGGAGCGGCUCAAGGCCAAACUGAAGAACGCCAUCGGGGUCAUGCAGGAGGGGCUUGUGGAGCGAGACGCCGAGGUGCGCCUGCUGCUCCUGGCCGCCAUGGCGGGAGAGCACAUCCUGCUGAUCGGGCCGCCGGGUACCGCCAAGUCGGAGGUGGGCCGCCGCCUCAACACCCUGGUGGACGGAACCUACUUUGAGCGGCUGCUCACCAGGUUCUCUGUACCCGAGGAGCUAUUUGGGCCGCUGUCAAUGCGCGCUCUGGAGAACGACGAAUACAUCCGCCAGGUGGAUGGCUACCUGCCCACCGCGGAGGUCGCAUUCAUUGAUGAAAUUUUCAAGGCAAACUCCGCCAUCCUCAAUACGCUGCUCACCGUCAUCAACGAGCGACUCUUCGACAACGGAAACAAGCGAACACCCGUGCCUCUCAUAAGCAUGGUGGGGGCCUCCAACGAGUUGCCGGAGAGCGAGGAGCUCGAUGCAUUGUACGACCGUUUCCUUGUACGGCGGCAAGUACGGCAGGUGUCGCCCGCAGGCGUUGCGCAGAUGCUGACGUACUACUCGGGCUCUGAGGCUGUAGGCGGCGCCGGCAUUUCCCGUCGUGUGGACCCGGCCCUCCGUCUCACCCGCGAAGACAUUGUUGGCUGCAAGGCGGCGGCGCUGUCCUCCGUACGAGUGCCGCAGAGCGUCAUUCAGCUGGUCACAGACCUGCGGAUUCACCUGCAGGAGCGGUUCGAGCCCCCCGUCUACGUGUCGGAUCGCCGUCUGGUGAAGUCCAUACAGCUGCUGCAGGUGGCAGCGUACUGCAACGGCCGCGACACGGUUUCGGAGUACGACUGUUUGUUGUUGCAGCACGUGUUGUGGCAGCGCCCGGAGCAGUCGGACCGCAUCCAUGACCGCAUUAUUAGUCACCUGUCCGUGGAUGACGGGCUAAAGCAGGUCCAGUACCUGCUAGGCGGGCUAUUCAGUCGGGCAUGUCGCUCUCUGGGCAAUGCGGACAAGCUGGCGGAUAUCAAGUCCGAGGUGAAUGGCCUGGUCCAGCUGCUGUCCGACAAGUACCAACAGGUGGCGGGUAACCUCACCGGCGGCUUUCCCGUCGUCCUGGACAACUUGUGGUUGAGCAGUGAGGAGAGCGCUGCAGUAGCCACAGCGCUGGAGCCCAAGCUGGUCAAGACCAGAGCUGCGGUGGAGCAGGUUCUGUACGACGUGUUGACUCUGGAGGUGGCCCUCCAGUUCGGGUCCGACCCGGUGACUCUGGCCAACCUGAUGCCCCGGCAGUGGGCGGACUUCAUCCGCAAUAGCGAUAUCGGGGACGUGAAGCCCAUUGCCAGCUCGUCCAUGCAUGAGUGCCAUGUCGCAGCCCAGCAUUGCAGCUUCGCCAAGCCUGACUCGUCUGAUGAGCUGGGGCAAUUGCGACUUUACGAUUAUUCAUUCUUGAACGAUCUGACUGUGACGUGGUCGCCGUACAACAUCGUACACAUGUCUACAGUUAGCAUUCCUUCCUAG